UUUUCUUUGAGAAUUCGUCAAGAAGACGUUUGUCAAGCACCACGUGCAAAAAUGGUCAAGGGAAAACAGGCUGCCAAGCGAGGGAACUUUCCGACUGUUGAACAGAUCAGCAGUGACUCCAUCACCCAGUUGGCACAGAAAUACUGGUCAAAAGAUGGGAAGAAACUCAAGUUUGAUCCAAAGGUCAUAGAGCAAAUUUACAAGGAGGAGAUUAAAGGCAAUAAGUUUUCUGUGAGAAGACUUAUGCUUCUGGAGUUCAGUCAAUACCUGGAGCGAUACCUAUGGCCUAGUUUCAAUGCUGGAAAGGCCUCACUUUCUCAUCUCUUGUCCAUCAUGGUGGUUGUAAAUGAGAAGUUCCGAGAAGGUGUCCCUCCGUGGGGGGUAUUCAAAAGCAAACCAGAAGAAUUCAGUGGAUUUUUUCUACGGCUGCUAGAUGUUUGUUUGAUAGAUGAUGAAAAGGUCUUAUCAUUCCGGGAACAUACUAUUGUCCUCAUCUUCAUGAUCCAUCUUUUCAACAGUCUGGAAAUGGACUUAAUCAGAGAGAAUGUUCAACAUCUGGUAUCUAUUCCUAUGUGGAGAUGUUUGCUCCCAGGUCGGCUGGAGCAAGAACUCAAGUCUGUCCCAAAGUAUAGGAAAUUCUGGACGCACUUGAAGAAAAAGGAUGAAAACUUAGAUGAGGCUACUAAGGCUCAACAAGAGAAAACAAGAGUGUUCCUAUCAAAACUAAUACAUAAGUUUUUGGAAAUCCUCAAGUCAAUACCUGCUACAGGUGCUGCAGAUGUUGACAAGAUUCACUACUGUGAACGCUUUCUUGAGCUUUUGAUAGACUUAGAGGCGUUGUUACCAACAAGAAGAUUCUUCAACACUGUAUUAGAUGACCACCAUCUAGUGGUGAAAUGCCGUUUAUCAAAUCUCACUAAAAGAGAGGAAGAAGGAAAGUUAUUUAAUCAGCUUCUAGACAUUUUGAAGUUUUAUACUGGAUUUGAAAUAAAUGAUGUCUCUGGAAUGCCAUUAACUGACCAUGAGAUGGUAGACAAUCAUUACAAUAAGAUGGCAUCAUUACAGAGAGCUGUUUUUAAGUAUUUUCCUGAGCUGCAUGAGUUUGCCAUGAGUAAUAUUGCUGGGAUAGAUACAAGAGAUGCUCUUCUCAAGCACUUUGGACAACUUUCGAACAAGACUUUGCAUAAAGUGGCUGCAUAUCUUAAGUUGUUGCCAUCUCCUGAUGAGAAAGCACAAGAAGAAGACAGGGAAUUUUUGCUAGAAAUGCUUGUGUCCAGACAUGAGAAACGUCUGUCACAAAUUGAUGCUAUCAAUGACAUGCCUCUCUAUCCAACAGAGCAGAUCUUGUGGGAUGAGAAUGUUGUCCCUACUGAGUUCUAUUCUGGAGAAGGUAGGAUUCCAGAGUCUCACACAAUUCUUAAGACUAUCAAUAGUCCUACAACAGAUCCGAGUUGUCCAGUUGCUUGUUACAUGGUGUUAUUAUACAAGUGCUAG